AUGAUUAGUGCACAAAACACCAGGAACAAUUAAUAAGAAAGUGUGCUGCAUUGGUGUUGCAUUUGCAUGAUAACAAAUCCUGUAAAACUAUACUACAUAUGGCAUCUGCUUAAUUUUUUUUCGAAUUGCGCUUUUUAAUCUUAAAAGUACGGUCUUCUGAGAGGGAUGGUAACCCCCUUCUAGCCAAAGUUCUUUCUUUUACCCAAUGCGAUUUGCCUCAUGGAACUAACUCUGUGGGGGAGUUCGUGUGGAUCUCUAAGAUGAUUAUACGGGUGUUUGGAAUUCUUUGGGCGCGCAAGUAUGUGGUUAGGUCAAGAGGUAGAUUUUUGCAAACCUUUUUUUUUCAUGGCUUACUCAUGUGAAAAUGCUUGCGGAUGUACACGUGCAGUGCUUAUUUACCGGGUGGCUCAACUACAAUUACAUUUGUCCGAAACUGGUUCUACCGGAGAAAAAAACUGGUUUCAAUAAGGAUGUAAACAUUUGCGCAGUAAAAAAGUGCCAACGAUGCAAUAAGUUUUUUUUUUUUUCUAUUAGCCCAAAUUGACACUCUACAGGCUUGUAAAUGAGCAUGGGACUGGAGAAAAGGCAGGUUCCUGCAUAGCUUAACGGAAAAUCUAUUAUAGACAAAAACGAGGUAGAAGCCGGAGUUAAUCGACGUUAUCCAAAAUUGCAUUUCUGACGAUCGACCUAUUUCGAUUAGGUCGUUAACGAGACAACUUUAUGUGAUUAGGGCUACGAUGUCGCCAAAGACUUUAGAUGUACGUCGUAUGUUACAAAGGUCAAACGGACGCCCUUUCUGGCCAAUAAAGCCAAGGAGUUUCUUAAUUUUUUUUCAAUAGCAAAGCAACCGUCGUUUUUUAUUUUUGUCGGACAAAAAAUAUUUUUAUUUUCGAUCCCAAAACGAUCGUUAGCUUACUCACAAUUUAGAGGUCGGCUCAUGUAAUCCGGUUAAUGCAACACUGGCCGCUUGAACGCAUAUGGUCACAGAACAGCCCAGGUUGAGAUUAUCGUGUAUGGUACGUGAUUGCGUGAGUUCAAAGAAUUUGGACAUAGUCGAUAGAGAGUCACUCGAGAGAGGGUUGGCAUUUUCUAGAUAUAGUUAUCUUAUUUCGAUUCCGACCGAUGACACGUACGGUAUGUCGUUUCAAACAUGCUAAUUACACGUUUCUCUAGUCAAGUUUUUUCGAACAUUACCAUCAUCAUUUAUUUUUUUUUUAAUCAUUUUACCAGAACAUUUAUGAUCGACGAACGUCUUGCUGAAAAUUACAAUAGCACUAUUUGGCCGCCUUUCGCUAUAUUAUACUGUAACAGUAUGUCUCACCCUCACAUCGCAUAUAUAUAUGUAUAUUGCAGUUAUACUAAAAACGUACUAUAACAGCCCACUUUUUGACAUUCCUAAUUUCUGCUUUGUUGAUUAUAUGCAAGCAUCAACACGUUCGCUUAUACUAUGCCGACCCAUACUAACGGAUUCAAUGCUCUAGGGUUUGUGUAUAUUCCUUAAGGGCGACCGAGCUCUUUUCUGUCAUUCCUGCACAUCUUUAAACUAUAUUUUCCUUACAUCUUCGUUCUCCUUUUUCUAUAGGCUGCCUGAUCUGGGUACUUCUGAACAUCUGUUGUACGUUCUUUCAAAUUGUUUAGAUUCUAUAUAGUGGUUGUCUGCCUGAAACGCUUUCGUAAGCGAUACUUUCCACAUUCUUAUAGAUCUUUUCGCCAUUCUGACCUAUGUGGCCUGAUGAUCUUUUUCCUCUCGAACUUCCGUAACGUUCACUCUUUCUGCGGACUGUUGCAGUGCCUGUUUGAGUUUCUCUCCAAAUAUCGAUGAGUCGUAUGUCCGUGUGAAUAUUUACUGAAAUGUCAGCCUGUCUAAUAUCUAUAGUAGUACUUAGAGCAUACAAUGCCAUGAAGUGUUUACGCGAAACAACUCUCUUUGAGUGUAUAUACAAUGCAGCUUUCAUAAACGUAAUGCCGCGACACGAAACACACAAAUAAAAACUCUCGUAGCUCGUAAAGAAUCGACUUUUAAAACGUUUUCUAGGGCGUUCCGAUAAUGACAAGCACUUUGUACAAAUCAGCGUUAAUGCUUGUCUAUGACCUAUGAAAAGUUUCUUUGGCUGAAUAUUAAUUAAAAAGUGGAAAACCCCUUUGUAGAACCUUGCACGGUCAUUUAUUUAGUUGUUUGGUUAUUCCAACUCACCCUUUGUUAUCGUUCGUAAGCACUCAAAUGUGCAAAAGAUAAAAAGUACGAAUUUAAGUUACUUCAAGUACCAGCACUUCUGCAGUAUUUGUGCUCCCAUUUCACGAAUACCAUUCUCUAAAAUCAGCUUCAAAGCCCGCUUUUGCAAAAUGCUCAAAAGUAAUGCUCAAGAUGUUUGGGUUAUAUUUUUUAAAUUACGUACUCGUUAAGAAAUACGCAUUUUAGGAGAACGCUCAAGCAAUACGGUUUCUUUAUGUUUAUAGUUUAUCGCUUACGUUUCUUGGUCGUCAAAAGAGCCGACCUUGCAAACAGAGAGCGAUGCGAACACGCGAACGAGUGUGUACAUAUAUAUCCACAAAUGAUAAUGCAGCACUCAUCUGCAAUCCGUUUGUAAGGCAACAUGACAAAAUCUAAAAUCGUCUUGACGGUGCACGACGGGCUAUACGUAUCACGUAAUCGAAGCGUAAUACCACGUGGCCUUUCCAGCCCGCCUUUUUAAAAUCCGGAAAAACAAACUUUCUAGUUAGGCCUCAAGGUCAAAUUUGAGCCGGGUGCAGCCUAGCUGCGUAGGAAGUGAAGCACACUUUAGCAAGACAAGUACCACUUGUUCAUACGUGAUGGCUUCCGCAAUGCUGUUCAUUGACUGAGUAAACGUAAAAAGAAAAAAUAACGAGGUAUAGAACGUUCUUCAAAAAAUAGUCGAUCGUUUCUAAUUGAUCCCGUGACUGUCGUCACGGAGAAGAUGAUCUUUAUUCAUAUACGCGAGCUACUUUUGUCUUUGGAUUUCGUAUUGGAGUCAACCAUUGCGAUGGACACCUUACUUUUGACAUCAUUGUCUAGCAAGAAGAACGUCCUAGAGCGUUUCGAAUCCAUAAGCCUUUCACUGAAAGAUGAUGAGUAGCUUGUGAAUAUUUGAACAGCCCUUAAUAACGGUUCCGAGUAAAAUUACUUGGCAGCUGAUAAUGUCGACCCAACACGGGCGUCUGCCUCUGAAAUCUUCUUGCAGCAGUAGCAAGAUAUAGACGAUGAAGGGCUAGUUCACUGGUUGAAUCUGUCAUCCGAUAAGAUUCAUUUGAAGACAAAUGUCAUUAUGGCUCAAAUGUUAUUAUGGCUGUAAGUAACGUGUUUCGUAAACGCGCAAUCUACGCAAAACUGUUUCUAAAUACGACUCACGUGAUGCCAGCUUUGACAUACAAGAAUUACCUUAAUCGUGCAAAUUCUUUCCGCUGUACACAGAUUUAUAUAAAUUCUGCAAAGUUAGAAAAAUGCCAGUGUGGAAAUCUACUCUCAGUAAGUGCUUGCUAAAAAUAGAGAAGAAAAAAGCAUGCUUUAGGGUUGGGCUACUUGUGAAAUUUUCCGUUUAAUCUCAGCCGACAUACGAACAGGCGAAACUUAUUCCUCAGGAUCUGGGGUCAAGCGACAUUUUCGGUCUCAUCUGAUGCUGUUUACUUCACUCAGCUUCCUAACAGCAUUCGUGCUCCUGUUUUACGGCAAAUUUGGGUGCAUCUUGCAAUAUCUGUUGUCCUACCUCGACCAUCGCUACGAAUAUAUGGUAAUGACCGGUGACGAGGGUAGAACCGUCGAGGCGUCCGUGGAGAAAAUUGAAAAGAUGCCCGAGUUUAAAGAAAAUCCCUUUCGUCGACGGAUUGCCGAAGUCUUCUCGGAGACGGGCAGUGGAAACGUUUGCUUUGAAGACUUUCUCGACAUGCUCAGCGUAUUCAGCGAGGCCGCUCCUAAAAAUAUCAAGAUGUACUAUGCUUUCAAAAUUUAUGAUUACGACAACGAUGGCAAACUCGGGCCGAAAGACAUCGAAUUGGCAACGAUCGCUCUCACGAAAAACGAACUAACUCCGGAUGAUAUCAAGGUGGUCAUCGAAAAAGUUUUGGAUGAAGGAGAUAUUGACAGCGAUGGCCAUCUUUCUCAAUCGGAGUUCGAGCAUGUCCUCAACAGAGCGCCCGAUUUUGUCAAUUCGUUUCAUGUUAGAGCAUAAUUCAGGUCACCCCAACAAUAACCUUAAGGACACAGCAACAUUGUUGACCCGGUGCCUUACGAUCCUUCGAUAUUCUUCAGACAUGUCAACGAUAUAUAAUAAAUUUACUGCUCAGAGCAUUUCCUACGGGUGAGCGCAGCUCCAGCGCAAAUCAGGAUAUUCAUUGCGUAUAUAAAGUAACUCAGAUAAAUAACCCAUGCAGGAACACGCAUAUAUAUACGCGUGUUCUUAUAUAUAUAUAUAGCAACUGCUUAUUAUCUGUAUUCCUAUUAUAAUACUUGCCAAUUGCUAUUAGCCAUCAUGAGUCCACGCAGCAUUCGUCUGUCCCUCGUGCGCUAUUCUUUGGCACAAGGUACCUGAAUGGUCCUCACAUGUUUGAUGCAACGUCUUCGGCUGGCCACCCUAUUAGCUGUUGCACGCCAUCUUCACAGUUUCUUAACGGAGACCUAUCGCUUAGUAUACAUUUCACAAAAUGCAAAAUAUACGAUUAAUGCCAAGUAACUAGUUCUAGUUGGAACAAAUGAUUAUUGAAUUGACUGAUGAUUCAUUGGCGGUUUAGGGCUGCGCACCUUCAUAUCAUCAAGAAAGAUCCCAUUCUACUGCUAAGAGAUGUUCUUCUUUGCCAUUUGUGUUGCAAUCGCAUUAGUAGUCAACGAUUACGUGCGUGAACAACGUGCUUCUCGCCGCAAUUGUUUUUCGAUCUACGUGGAUGCCAGCCACGCUUAGUUCGGCAAAGAGAAAAGGGACUGGUAUGGCGCAAGCAGACACCUGCAUACUUUACGCGUCGGGCAUGAAAGACGAAGUAAGGCACACUGUGCUUUACUAUCAGGCACUAAAUGGGGUCAGAGAUAAGCAAUAAAGGGUAGCGUAAAAGGAAUGGUGGAAAUGAUGACGAAGAACAGGGGAAACUGGAAUAAGGUUACGACCUUCUUUGACGACAUUAUUGAAAAAAGGAACAGCUCGAAAGGAUGCGCUGCAAGAGAACAAUAGAAGGACAAGCUCGAGACGAGCAACGAUCCGAUGUUCUACAUUUGGCCCUUAUGGCAGAGCGGGGCACAAGACCUGCCCGGGAGUUAGCAUACCCGUGGAGGAGGGGAGCCUGAACAGAGGAUGAACCGGAACAGGACAAAGGGAAUAGUAGCCCAACGCCUGUUCCUACACGCUGUGGUUUCGAAGUGAUAUUAAACUAUAUUGCGAACCAAAGCCCAAGUCUUCGAGGGGUCCGGGGUUUAGUGAGUGAGAGUCCCACAGAACCAGAUAAACGACACAGUUGUGAAGUCUAGUCACUUUGCCCUCAACGUCUAAUAAAAAAAAGUUGCCGAGAUUCUCCUCGUUUCAGAUUUAGCUUCUGUCCUUGAUCUUGAACGAUCGAAUAAACGUCCUGUUGUAAAAUGUGUUUUCUGUUUUUUUUUUCUAUUUUAGCAGACUUUUAACUGCCCAGCUUCCCGCUACAAUGUUCCAUAAGCUUGUCUUCCAGUUCUCAGCUGGUACAGGCAAAAUUCAGAAAGCAACGUUUAUCUACAAUGAUAGUGCGUUACUUUUAUCAGUUGCCUUACACCACUGCUAUUAUUGUUUAUCUGUUUAUUAUCUGUUUCUAUAAUAUAUUAUUCUCUAACAAUAUAUUAUUGUCUGUUUUUCACGCUACGAAUCGCUUCCUUAAAAUCAAGAGUUUUCCACCUACAGGCUGGUCUCUCCUCCUAUAAGGUCCGUCCAUUUGAAGUCUUCGCUAAAAAGCUGCCAUGUUGGCUAAAGUGAUCGAAUCAAUGUUCUUAGUUUCAGAUUUGGCACGUGCUGUCAUGCAUUACUUCAGGUCACUAGCCCAGCGUAUAGAACGAAGUGCGUCUGCCCAAGUUCGGUUUCAAGGCCAGACCACCUCACUGCCGUUAUUAGAUGUGUUUUUGCUGCUAUAUGCAUCCGAUUAGAGGAAGUAUAUUGCCUUCGCUCUUUACAAGAUUGUGCUUGGUUUUCUAGCGAAUCCAGGUCGGUAAAGCGUAAAACACAAUACGUUGUUUUUUCUUUAUGGGUACAUAGUAGAUCAUCAAGUGUGAUAGACAUGAUCGCUUUCGGAUCACAAGUCGAUCGGAAGGAAAUCCAUUAUCUCUAUUAUGCGCUGUCAACUACAGUUACAACUGCUCGACGUUCGGAUUGUUAGAGCCAAUUGCUUUUAUUUCAUUAAUUCGUUUUUUCUUUCGGCUGAAAUAUAUAUGUAUAGCAUUUCAACUUGCCUUAUUUACUUUAUAAUCGUGUUGUUAAUGUUUUUUUUCAAACCUCAGUUACUUCGCGCUUGCGCGUCAAAGUCGACUUACUUAAGUACUGAAAUAUCGACACAUUCCAAGAGACGCCCCUUUUGUCAUUUCAUAUACUGAAAAAAAACACAUCAUGUUAAAAAUCACUAGCUUAUAAAAGAAUAAACCGAAUAAAAGUUCCAUAAUUAAAAAAAG